AGAGAGAGAAUCGGCCACUGCUGCGGCUGGCGGUCUCGAUUAUAUUGAGGCAGGCGCAGCCAUAUUUGUGGGGCCCUCGCGCCAAGUCAAACAUGGCGUCGGCAGGCGACAUUAAUAUGGCGUCCUCGGAUAUGAUAACCGAGGUCGAGAUCCAGCCGGACAUCCAGGAAGUGGAGAUUGAGUCGAUACCCGUAGAGAUACCGUGCGAGACGGUCGAGACGACGAUCGUCGAGUCCGAGGACGAGGAGGUGCAACAGCACCAGCAGCAUCAUCAGCACCACCAGGCCAUGAUUACCCUCCAAGCGUUGCCCGAGGCGGGACGCGAGGAAGAGAUAAUCCUCCAGACGCAGGAGGAGAUUGUCGGCGGGGACCCGCUCAGUGUCUACGACCAGAUCCCGGUGCCCGACCAGAGUGACAUCUACGUGGAGUCGAGCCCGGGACCCUCGAGGACGAUAACGAAAAAGAAGGCGAGGAAGAGCGCGGGCUCGACGGCGACGCAGCGCUUCAGGCCGCAGGAACACGCGAUAUUCACGGAGAUGCCGAGCGAAACGAAGGCGAGGAAAUGGGAACAGAAACAGGUGCAAAUAAAGACCCUCGAGGGGGAGUUCUCGGUGACGAUGUGGGCAUCAGGAACCGACGAUGGAAGUGUCCUAUUAGCGUCUCACCUGGUGGAUGUUCCAGAUGAAGGCUCUAACCCCGAGCCUGAUCCAGACUACACAGAAUAUAUGACUGGUAAAUCAACGUCGAAAUUGAAUCAUUCUGGCAGUUCUGUUUCCGACGGCAUGCCAGGUUUGGAUCUAUCAGAUCCUAAACAACUAGCAGAAUUUGCUAGACCUGGUCACAAACUGAAAGUUCGCAAACCACCUAUUAUUGAUGGUGUUGAGCGUACAAUUGCCUGUCCGCAUAAGGGCUGUACAAAAAUGUUUAGAGAUAAUAGUGCAAUGCGCAAACACCUGCACACUCACGGUCCAAGAGUUCACGUGUGCGCCGAAUGUGGAAAAGCCUUUGUCGAAAGUUCUAAAUUAAAAAGGCAUCAAUUGGUUCACACUGGAGAAAAGCCAUUCCAGUGUACAUUUGAAGGUUGUGGAAAGAGAUUUAGUUUGGACUUCAACUUACGAACUCAUGUAAGAAUUCACACUGGUGAUAGACCAUAUGUAUGUCCCUUUGAUGGCUGCAGCAAAAAGUUUGCUCAGUCGACAAAUUUGAAAUCGCACAUAUUAACACAUGCAAAGGCCAAAACACGAAAUGCAAUUGGUCGUCAAGUGCAACAAAUCCAACUACAGCAGCCGCAAUUUGUUCAAGUUGAGGUUGCCGAUGUGGAUAAUCAGCAGUUCAUCGUUUACGCCGACUAGCCCCCCUCGCCAGCUUGAUCUCCCUAAUGUGCCCCAUUAUCAAAUUUGGUAACCUUUGAUUAUCGACUCAAACAGUGUACAUAUUUACAAACUAUAGCGAGUGACUAUAUGAGGACAGGAGAAUACUGAGAGAAAAAACAAACAAACAAACUAAUGAUUACUUUAAAUGAUUCGUUAAUUAAAUCGGGUAUUAAUCUCUACGCUUAGAUAAAAGGUGAGGCAAGAAAAGCAGCAAAACCCAGUUAUGCAAGACUCGAGAUUUAACGAAUAAUAUGCAGAAUGAGAAUCGAACUCUUAUGCGAAAUAAAUAGAAAGAGAAAAAAAGAAAAGAAAAGAAAAG